AUGAUUCUCGUUGUUAACUGGGUUUUCUGGCUGCUCUCUAGCUCCUUGACACUUCAUCUCUCCUUCUGGUCUCUGGCAGGCAUAUUGAUACUACUGGUUUGGGCACUACAAACCUACUUCAGGGCAAAGUACCUUACCAACUACGCCAAAUUACCGCUGGAGCCUCAACGUAAAGAACCAAAAAUUGAGCCCUUCCCCGACACUGUUGAAAGCGAGUCCAAGCCAGGAUUGCACAGCUACUUGGAUGAAUUCCUCAGUGCAAUCAAAGUCUUUGGCUACCUGGAAAAGCCCGUCUUCCACGAAUUGACACGCCACAUGCAAACACGCAAACUUCUCGCUGGCGAGACGAUCAACUUGGAAAACGAAAAAUCGUUCUGUAUAGUUGUCGAUGGCCAUGUGCAAGUCUUUUUCAAAACAGAAGCUUCCGAAUUGGAGGCUGCCGCCGAUGAGUUUGAGGAAGGUGGCGAAGGCUACAGGCUAUUGACUGACGUGCGCAAUGGCGCGCCGCUAUCAUCCAUGUUCAGCAUCCUUUCCCUAUUCACCGAGGACGUUCGUCUGCGGCACGGUGCUCCUGUCAGUCCGCAAGCUGACAUGCACGCUCAGCCGCAAGACGCAGCACCGCCGUCUAUGCCUACGUCGCCGAUGCCAAUGCCUGUCGGCAUGGCCCCAGCCUCACCGAGGACGCAUUUCGCAGCAAAUAAAUUGAAAGAGGCUCGCAAACGCGGAAGCAGUCAGAAUUUGCGAGACGUUCCUCAUAUUCCUCUGCUCAAUCCUCCGGAGAAGCCAACGUCGCGCAAUAGUGUACACCCGGGAGUCAUCGCGAGAGCCAAUAUCGACACAACAUUGGCCGUCAUUCCAGCAGAGGCAUUCCGUCGUUUGACCCGUAUCUAUCCUAAGGCAUCUGCACAUAUUGUGCAAGUUAUCAUGACGCGCUUCCAACGGGUUACAUUUGCAACAGGACACAACUAUCUGGGCUUGACUGCAGAAAUUCUAAGAACAGAACGCCAAAUGAAUGAUUUCACAACGUACGACUUGCCGAACUACGUGCAGGCUUCCGCACUCGAGAGACUGAAACAAAAGCUGCAAAAGGCAGAGAUGCAGAUGAGUGCGUCGGAAAGAGACACUGGUAUUGUAGUCUCAUCCCCGGUGAAACGGCGACCAACCUCAAUCCGUCUAUCAAGUCUGAGGAAGCGAGCUCAAGGGAGACCGCGAGUCAACUUUCAGGAUUUGAUGGCAUCUGUUGAUGAAGUCAAAGCAGAGGAAUCGGAGCCUGAAGGCUACGCUACCCCAGAAUCCGCUCGGGAGCCGGACGAGUCAGAGGAGGACAACUCCUUCAGAGAUUCUGUUCUUCAUUGCAUGUUCAAGUCGCUAGGUCUGGAGCAGAACCCCGAACAAGCUCGCAGUGGUGCUGCCAGCGUUGAGCAAUCCCCCAAGCUCAGCGCUGUAGACUUGCAAGAUAUUGAGCGGCAGUCACGCAAUUCAUUUGGCCAUGCUAUCAGCAACAUGGCUAGACUCAAUCUAGAGGCAACAGCGAGUGAUGUUCAAUCGGAAAGUGCAUUCACAAGCAAUUCUCUCGAGGGCAUCGAGACUGAAAUGGACAAUGAUCUGGAGAUCAUCCACUUCCCAAAAGGUGCGGUGCUUGUGGAGGCUCAAGAGCGCAAUCCUGGACUGUACUAUGUGAUAGAUGGCUUUUUGGACGCUGGACUGCUUGUACCACGGACUGGCCACGCUGUUGUUGGAAAGCCAGCGCGGAAAGACCCAAACAUGCUUGACAAUUCCAACCCAUUUGAACAGUCGUUCGAGGAGGUUGAUGAUGGAUUUCGCGCGCUCUUCACUGUCAAGCCUGGAGGUAUCGCUGGCUACCAAGCAGGAAUCGGAAACUACAGAUCCUUUGUCGAUGUCCGCGCUAAGACUGAUGUCUUGGUUGGAUUUUUGCCUCGAGAUAGCCUCGAACGGAUUAUGGAAAAGAAGCCAGUUGUACUGUUAACGAUGGCCAAAAGACUCAUAUCUCUGCUUUCGCCACUCAUUUUGCAUUUGGAUUUUGCACUGGAAUGGCUACAAGUCACUGCUGGCCAGCCUGUCUAUCGGCAGGGUGACGAGGCUGAUGCAAUCUAUAUUGUGUUGAACGGGCGGCUCAGGACCGUCAUGGAAACCGAUUCUGCGUCAGGGGAUUUGCAGGUCAUCGGCGAGUAUGGAGGUGGUGAGUCCGUCGGCGAGCUUGAAGUAUUGACAGAUAUCAAGCGGCCUUCGUCGCUCCUUGCUGUGCGGGAUACAGAGCUUGCACGAUUUCCAAAGCAGUUGUUCCAGUCUCUGGCCCUGGAACAUCCUGGCAUCACCAUGCAAAUCAGCAAGCUUAUCGCCAAGCGCAUGGGAGACUUAUUGAAGAAUGGCGAGCAGUCGCGACCUUCGACCGGUAGCGUCGAGAACAUCGAGAAUAUCCGAACGAUCUGCAUACUGCCCAUCAGUCAGGGUGUUCCCGUAAUAGACUUUGCUGAAAAUCUCUCGCAGUCUUUACAGCACCUCGGUUCUAAAGUGGCCCUGCUGAAUCAAGCGGAAAUCCUGGCGCAUCUUGGUCGAUACGCGUUCAGUCGCAUGGGCAAAUUACGGCUGGCCGGACAUCUUGCCGACUUGGAAGAAAAGUACAGCAAAUUGUUGUACAUCGCCGACGGGCAGCAGGUCAAUUCACCCUGGAUCUCGACUUGCAUUGGGCAAGCCGAUUAUAUUUUGCUUGUUGCUCUUGCAGACGAGCCACCAGAAAUUGCCGACUACGAACGACAACUGAUCGGCAUGAAGACGACGGCUCGCAAAGAACUCAUUUUGCUACAUUCGAGCAAGCAAGUCUCGCCUGGUAGCACAAGGCAGUGGUUGAAGCCAAGACCAUGGGUCCACUCUCAUAUUCACAUUCAGAUGGACUCCCUUGCCUCUGACGCCCCAGCUCGACCUCGCACUGCGCAACGCACUAUCACAACAAUCAAGAAUAAGCUUCAGACUGUCUCCACUGAGCUCUCCCGCUUCCGCAACAAAGCAUUGAGACCAGGGUCCUUCGGCAAAGGUCAGCACAAAAGCGAUCAUGCCCGCCUCGCUCGGAAAUUGUGCGGCAAGUCGAUCGGCUUAAUCCUCGGGGGUGGCGGAGCUCGCGGCAUCUCACACGUUGGUGUCAUCAAGGCCUUGGAAGAGAUGGGCAUUCCAAUAGAUUUCGUCGGAGGUACAUCCAUCGGAUCCUUCAUUGGCGGUCUCUACGCCAAGGACGGCGAGCUGUUGCCGAUGUACGGGCGGGCGAAACAGUUUAGUGCUCGCAUGGCUGGUCUCUGGCGGUUUCUGUUUGAUCUCACGUAUCCUGGUACCGCUUACACCACUGGACAUGUCUUCAAUCGCGGUAUCUGGAAAUCCUUUGGACAUGCGCAAAUUGAAGACUUCUGGCUUCCUUACUUUGCCAACACCACAAACAUCUCUCACUCGCGCAUGGACAUCCACACGACAGGCUAUGCCUGGCGGUACGUUCGUGCUUCAAUGUCCCUUGCAGGUCUUGUCCCGCCAAUGACGGAAGAAGGCGACAUGCUUUGCGACGGGGGCUACGUGGACAACUUGCCAGUCAGCACAAUGCAGCGCAUGGGUGUGAGGACAAUCUUUGCCGUCGACGUCGGCAGCGUCGAUGACCACAUUGAGAUGUCUUACGGAGACACGUUGUCGGGCUUUUGGGCUCUGUGGAAUCGCUGGAACCCAUUAAGUACGCAUCCGAAUAUACCUACUUUGGCAGAGUUGCAAGCUCGUCUCGCUUAUUCUGCCAGUGUUCCGGCUUUAGAGAAAGCCAAGCGCGCAAAAGGCUGUAUAUACAUGCGUCCGCCUAUCAGUGGCUAUGGAACGCUCGAGUUCGGCAAGUUCGAUGAAGUCUACAAUGUUGGAUAUGAUUACGCCAAGAAGUUCUUGGCACAGCUACAGGUGGACGGCAAGCUCGAUGGGAUCAUUGAAGAUGGCCGGCGUAGGCUUUCCAGGCGAAAUUCACGUCCCAUGUCGACGCGUGAGCGGCGCAACUCAUUGUAG